ACAGUGUUGAUUUCAGUAAAUUGGAAGCCACACCACCCGCUUUGGAAGCCACGGAACGAAUAUGGUCAUGAAAUUUCAGUUUAGCAUCAAACAUUACCCCUAAAUCUCUGCUCAGAGUGGUAAAUGGGAUAGGAAUAUCACCAAUGAAGUACUGGUCGAAAAGGCCAGCAGGAGGGAGAUCUCUGCCAAAUCUCAAAGCCACACAUUUGUCUGGGUGGAGGUUAAGACCCCAUGAUUUUGCCAUUCCAUUCAGUACAUCAAUAUCUUGCUGGAAAGUAGCUAUACAGUUGAUUGUGGAGGAAAUAUUAUUACUCUGAACCUUCAUAUAAAUUUUCAAGUCAUCAGCAAAGAUCUUAUAUUGGCAGCUAAGUGAUGACGUCAGGUGGUUAAUGUAAAUAAGAAAAAGAACGAGACCCAGGACUGAACCUUGCAGAACACCACUUAACACACUUUUGCAGGUACUAACCGUCAACAACAACUGACAUUUUCCUGCCGGUAAGAAAGUUAUGAAUCCAAGACAAUAUGUUACUAGAAAUACCCAAGUGAUGUAGCUUUGUGAUCAAAAUGGAAUGGCAAACUGUGUCGAAAGCUUUUGAGAAAUCAAGUAAGAUUAGGUCAACUGUACCUCCUGCAUCAACACUUUUGACUAAUUUCAUCAUAAGUCAAGAGUAACUGAUCCUUGACACUCCUUCCUGCUCUGAAGCCAAACUGGGCAUCAGACAAAAUUAAAUUAUUAUCCAAGUAAAGAUUAAGUUGUUCCACAAUAAUUCUUUCAAGCAUCUUGCAGCAUAUAGAUGUUAGACUCACAGGACGGUAAUUCAAAGGGUCCGAGUGCAAACCUUUCCUAAAUAUAGGGACUAUGUUAGAACUUUUCCAUGCUGAGGGCACUUGUCCAGUAUUUAAUAAUUUUGUAAAAAUAAGGUGUAAAGGGUAAGCCAGAUGAUAUUGACAAGAUUUCAGAACCAGAGGAUGAAUGCCAUCAGGACCCAUACUAGUGUUAUUAUCCAAAUUGUCAAUAGCCAACUUAACUCUUUCCAGAGAUGGCAGAAUAAAAGAAAACUGAGUAUUAGACAUCUGGUGAGCUGCAGGAAGGGUUGGGGGCGAGGCUGUGUAUAUAUGGCUAAAAGUGUUUGCAAGACACUCCGCCAUGCCACUGGGAUCACUAACUGUUGACCCGUGCCCCAUCAGGACGUCAUUGUCUCCAGUCGUGUGGUCCAGUGAGUCACCGCUCUACCGCACAACAGUGACCCCAAGGAAGUCCCGGUCCACAGCAGGGAUGUGGCCACCCCUGGCCACAGCCCCAAGUGUUCCCUGGUGGGCCAUACUCACUGAGCUCCUCCUCCUCCUCCUCCUCACCCGGCUGCCGUGGAAGGAGUCACCACAGCUGUCAGCAGAACAACUUGGAGCGUCCGCCCUUCCUGCCACCAGUGGUCGGAGACUCUCUCUUCACCACACGGUCUGCAUGUCAGCAAGGCACUACAUCGGGCUCCACUACAACCUCUUCAACCUCUACAACCUCUACGGACUGUCAGAGACGAGUGCCACCAAUGCAUAAGUCUAUGAUGCUCAGAGUUUUAGGUGCAGGGAGGGAUAUGCUGACAGUAAGUUUGUGGUAUGCAUUCAAUAUGGGCACAGUACAUUAGUGAUGUGCUUGCAGUAAGUUUGUGGUGUGCAUUUAGUAUCGUUACAAUGUAUUAAUGAUAUACCCAAGUCAUUGGCAAGAGGAAAUACAGAUGAAGGAAGGCUGUUUUUCUUUCAGAGUUUACCAGCCAAAGGGAUGAAAGAAUGAAGAUGCUGGCUGGCUGACUCCUGCAUAAGGGAUUAGGGCAGCAUAGGGAUGAGCCAGUGUUUAAAAUGAUGGAUGGUAGGGGUUGAGGCAUGCAGCUACCAAGUUCAGGAGUGCCCGCCAGUCCUCUUUCUUAUAACAUAUCAAUACUUUCAUUUAGUAUCUAUCAAUAUGGCCAUUACUUGUUGCCAGACCCCUGCAGGGUGUGGGAGCCAGGCGGCCAUUCAUCACUUCCCGCUCGUCCUUCCCCGGCCAGGGCCACUACGGGGGCCACUGGACGGGCCACGUGUGCUCCCACUGCUUCAACAUGUGGCACUCCACCG